AUGAAAGUACUUCUCAUCUUCAUUUCCUUGACCGCUCUUGUAGCUGCCAAAAGCACUUUCUGGGAUAAUAUAAUUCCCAACACUUAUCAGGAGAAAUUAGAGGCCUACAAGAAGCAACAAGAUGCUAAGAAGGAUUUAUUCAAAGAAAAGAUUGAAGAUACUUUCGAGGAUUUGAAACUCUUGGCUGAAAAACUGAAGGAGAGAGCUGUCCCCGAAACGAAAGGAUUCCUGACUGACCUCGGAACAAAACUUUCUGAGAAAAAACAAGAGAAAGUCAAUGAACAACUGGCCAACUUCCAACAAUUAGUUUCUUUUGUCGACAAGUUCGCUACAGAAAUCAAACAACGCGAGGAAGAAAAGAAUAAGCAAUUCGAAGAAUUGGUUGAGCAAGUCCGUCCAUAUGUCGAACAAACCAUUCAGAAGAUCCAACAAGAGAAGGAAACUAAGAAAACCGAGAAACAAGAGGAAUUCAAAGCUCAUUGGGACAAGAUAAAAGCAGAUUUGGCUGACUUCAAAGUUAAAUGGGAUGAGAAGAAGGCUGAGCGUGAUGCUGCUGAGCAGGAAUUCAUCAGUCAACUCAAGAACAAGAUCAACUCUACUGUUCACCACGCUAUCGAUGAAGCUAAGAUCAAUGAGAAGUUGAGUACUGAUACUUUCGAGACCGCUACCGUCGUUGCGGAGGUUAAGGCUACUUUCUUAGAUGAAAUCACCGGGGCCAGUUCUUGGCAAACUGUCACUUGGAUCCUCCUAUCUGUUUGUAUUCUGUUGGCUAUCGCUCUUGUAGUUGCAGCCAUUUAUCAGAUGAAACAGAGAAAAGAUUAUGAAAGAGUUGUUGGAAGAGAUAAUGAAAGAACACUGUUGACCGGAGGCCAUCACAACAGCGGCUAUCCAACCAAAGAAGCUCCCCACUUCUAA